CCCAGGCCCCGCGAGUUUGCGAUUGGUCCACUCGGGCGCUGCCCCAGUGGGUAACUCCGGAGACUGCCCCCUAUGCUGUUGGCGAGGCCCUCAGCCCUUUCCAUUCAUGUGAACCUCAGACAACGUCCCGCCCGGAUGCCCGCCUCCAACGGGAACGGGGGUCGUCAAGCGGCAAGAGAGGUCCUAGGGACCUUUGAACCUGCACCCCCAGCUCCUCCCGCCUUGCAAAGGGAGGAGCGUCCUUGGUGCUGGCCCCUCCCCCUCCCCUUCGAACCCCUGACUGGACUUUCGUUUCCAGCUCCUGCAGUCUCUCUCUUUCCUUUCCAGCCGGCUUCUUGGCUUCUGGAAAGGCCUGUCUACACUCGUGCCUGUCUACACUCGCUGUCUCCUUCCUCACCUCCAAUUUCCUCUCCAACCUGCUGCUUCCUGACUUGCUUUCCUCCGGUGAAGGCCCUUCUGCAGGGUGGGACCGUCCUCUGCGCUGGGACAAGGCGUGAAGACAGAGGCCGGGACCCCGCCGUGGGACCCACAGAGCCCGGCACCCCGACCUGCCUGCAGAUGCCCCCGCCAGCCCCCCGCUGCUAUCUGGCUCCUUCUUCAGCUCAAGCCGCCACCAGGAACCUGUGCGUGAGCCCGACCCUGCGCCUCGCAGCCUUGACGCCCUCCACGGCCCGGCGCCCUCCACACCUUCCCACGAGACAGGCCGCCUCGGGACCCCGCGAGGCCUCCGCCCUCUGACCGACGGACUGACUGCGUGCCUGGCCCCCUCCCGCGAGACUGGGGGCGCAGGGGCUUUGCCCUCCUGUGGGAGGGGCCGACGAACUCCUACCUCACAGGGCUGUUG